GCGCGGGCCGUCGGAUGCCGGCCGCUGCCUCCACCGCCUACGGCUAUUUAACCCCGCCCUGCCGACGCCGCACUCGCCCCGGCCCUCCUCUACCUCCCCGUUCUAUCUCGCUCCCUCGCCGCCGGUCGCCUCGCCGUUUGGAUCACCUCCUACCUCGGCGAAGAUGAGAGAGAUCUUGCACAUCCAGGGUGGGCAAUGUGGCAACCAGAUUGGUGCCAAGUUCUGGGAGGUGGUGUGUGACGAGCAUGGCAUUGACCCUACCGGGCGGUACACUGGCAACUCUGACCUGCAGUUGGAGCGUGUCAAUGUCUACUACAAUGAGGCCUCCUGUGGCCGCUUUGUGCCCCGUGCUGUUCUCAUGGACCUUGAGCCUGGGACAAUGGACAGUGUCCGCACUGGACCCUAUGGGCAGAUCUUCCGCCCUGACAACUUUGUGUUUGGGCAAUCUGGAGCUGGUAACAACUGGGCUAAGGGCCAUUACACUGAAGGUGCUGAGCUCAUUGACUCUGUUCUGGAUGUUGUGAGGAAGGAAGCUGAGAACUGUGACUGCCUGCAAGGAUUCCAAGUAUGCCACUCCCUUGGUGGUGGUACUGGAUCUGGUAUGGGUACGCUGCUGAUCUCAAAGAUCAGAGAGGAGUACCCUGACCGCAUGAUGCUGACAUUCUCAGUUUUCCCCUCACCGAAAGUAUCUGACACUGUGGUUGAGCCAUACAAUGCCACUCUUUCAGUCCACCAAUUGGUUGAGAAUGCUGAUGAGUGCAUGGUUCUUGACAAUGAGGCCCUCUACGACAUUUGCUUCAGGACUCUCAAGCUCACCACACCUAGCUUUGGGGACUUGAACCAUUUGAUCUCUGCCACCAUGAGCGGGGUCACAUGCUGCCUUAGGUUCCCUGGUCAGCUUAACUCCGAUCUCCGGAAGCUGGCUGUCAACCUGAUCCCCUUCCCCCGUCUCCACUUCUUCAUGGUUGGCUUCGCCCCGCUGACAUCCCGUGGCUCCCAGCAGUACCGUGCCCUCACUGUCCCUGAGCUCACACAGCAGAUGUGGGAUGCCAAGAACAUGAUGUGUGCUGCUGACCCUCGCCACGGGCGUUACCUCACCGCCUCAGCCAUGUUCCGUGGGAAGAUGAGCACCAAGGAGGUCGAUGAGCAGAUGAUCAACGUCCAGAACAAGAACUCAUCCUACUUCGUGGAGUGGAUCCCCAACAACGUGAAGUCCAGUGUGUGUGACAUCCCACCGAGGGGCCUGUCCAUGGCAUCCACCUUCAUUGGCAACUCGACCUCCAUCCAGGAGAUGUUCCGGAGGGUGAGCGAGCAGUUCACGGCCAUGUUCAGGAGGAAGGCUUUCUUGCACUGGUACACAGGCGAGGGCAUGGAUGAGAUGGAGUUCACUGAGGCUGAGAGCAACAUGAAUGACCUCGUGUCGGAGUAUCAGCAGUACCAGGAUGCGACCGCUGAUGAGGAGGGUGAGUAUGAGGAUGAGGAGGAGGAGAUGCACCCGGACGACAUGUGA